AUAACUUCUAUUCAAAAUCAUGAUAAAUAUUACAUCAUUAACUCAACCACAAACAUCCCCGCAUUCACGUCGAUCUAGUUCUAUAUCAACACUUGCUUUAUAUAAUACAACAACUAUGAUGACAAAUAAUAAUUUCUCUCAUUCUAAUCAUCCUCCUAUUCAACAUCAACAUCAUCAUCAGCAUCAUCAUAAUAAUUCCACUGGAACUAAUCUUUACACAAGACAACAACAACAAUAUAUGCAAAAGAAGAAAUCACAUCGUUGGCGUCUAAUUCGAACACCAAUCCCCUUGAAUCCAGUUUAUCGUAAAACAUUAUUUCUAGCUAUUAGUAUACCAUUUGUUGGUGCAUUGCUGUUUAUUGGCGCCACAUUGACACCAUAUUGGGAGAAUGUUCAUUUUAAAUUUGUAAAAUUGUUGACGCUGUUUUCAGUGAAACAAAACUGUUCAACAUUCAAUGAUUCAUUGGUGAAUAAUAAUCAAACUGGAUUAUUGAUUGGUCAAGAAUCCGACCAGUGGAUCAAUAAUCAUCAAAAUAAUCAUCAAAAUAAUAAUAAUUAUACAUUAGAAUUUAUUAUAUUUCAAGAUGGUCGAAUAUUGAAUUGGCGUAAAAUGAAACAUUUCUAUAGAGAUUGUUUAACAGUCACGCAUAAACUCAAUGAUAUUAUUGGUAUUGUUGUACAUGCAGAGAAACAUAUCAUCUCCACUGAGAAUACACUGAAACAUUUAUCACGUGAACCGAUCACACCGAGAUUAUUUACACGUAAUAAGUACACGUUUACACGGCAUGAAUGGAUACAAUUAGUGGAGUAUGGUGAUUUGUUGGAUGAUACGCAAGAUGAUGAAUUGAAUAGGAAUUUAUGGUUGAUAAUGAAUUUACAAGCUGGUAUUUGGACAAUGUGUUUUCGAUUAGCAGAUGUUUACAAGCCUAAACUUCUUGCAUACAGUUCAACAAUUCAUCCGGAUUCAAGUAUACCAAUUGAUUGUAUGUCUUAUCUGCAAGCCAACUUAUCUGAAACAAGAAAUUUAUGCAUUCAAUUUCUUUUAAAAAUGCAAAAUAAUAUUAUUUCAUGCGUUGUGGUCGUUUAUCUAUCCGUUGCAGCAUCUGUAUUGAUCGGGGCGUUUUCAAUUUUAUUUCGUGCUGUACCUGCAGCUAUGGUAACUGGAGUAUUGUAUAUCACAUCAGGUGUGUUCAUUAUUUUUGCAAAUUGUAUUCACCAUACAAAAUUGAAUCGUCUUGAAUAUGAAUGGGGACCAUGCUAUCCAAUAUCACAAAUACCACGUACAUUUUACACACCAGAUAUAAUCAGUGUUCAUCCAUUAUGGCCUGUACUAGUCAGUUGGAUAUCAUCAUUUGUUUUCUUUGUGGCUUCCAUUACAUGGCUUAUACUGACACAAUUAAUGACAUUUGAAAAUUCUAUCACCAUGAUUUAAUCAAACUUUUGAAACUUGUUUAUCUCUCUCUCUGACUCUCCUAUUCUUUCCUAACCCUAAUUAAUGCAUUUUUAAUGAAUUCAGGCAGAAUUUUUGAAUUUUCCUCAAGGUCACGUGUUUGUUUGUUUUUGUUUUAAUUUUGUAUUAGGUUUUAAACAAAUAGAUAUCGC